AUGGAGAAGAUUGCUCUUGCGAAAGCUGAAUCUGAAUCUGAGAAAUCGAAUCCAUCUCCAGCUUCCAAUGCGAAUCCAUCUUCUUCUUCAAUUGUAUAUGUCCGCAGAAGAGCCGAGCUUGACUCAGCCAAAGCCGCAACGAAUAAGCCAACCGAGUCGUCUCUUGGGGCACCAAGCAGCACCACCCAGAAGUUGUUAGAAGACUGGGAAGAGCGUUACCAUCAUCUUCAAAUGCUUCUUAAUGAUUCUUCUCAUCGGACGGAUCAUCUUCGGAUGCUUUCCUCUGCCGAGCUUAGCAAGCAUGCUGUUGACUUGGAAAAGCGCUCUAUUCAAUUCUCUCUCGAGGAAGCCAGAGAGAUGCAGCGUGUAGCGGCUUUAAACGUGCUAGGAAGGUCUCUUCUUAAAUCUACAUCAAAUGAUGGCCAACAGCAAUAUCAAGAGGAUGGAUACAAGCUUUAG